GCUUUAAUUGAUUCCCCAAGAUGUUUGCAAAAGCAACAAAGAAUUUUGUGAGAGAAACUGACAGCGGAGGUGACUUGAUCCCUGUCUCCCACUUGAACGCCUCAGACAAGCUGCAGCUUCUGAGCUUAGUUACGAAGAGGAAGAAAUUCUGGUGCUGGCAGAAGCCCAAGUAUCAUUUCUUGACAGUCACCCUGAGUGAUGUGCUUACUGAAGACAAACCGAUAAAACCAGUGAUUGUGGAGUCUGACUUUGCAAAAUAUAUGGGGAAGUUUGAAGAUUUUGUUCAAGGAAGUAUUGAAACUUCAUUUGGAAAGAUCAGCCUGGGAGCUGGAGGGAAGGGCUUUGUGGAAAACCAGUCCUCAUUUGGAAACCUGAGGAAGCAAGAGAUUGACUUGCAGCAGCUUAUGAAAGAUGUCAAGGACAGAACAAUAAAUCUGAGCAGUAGUUUGCUGCAACAAGUAAUAGAAAGAAAACGUGAAGUGCUGUGCGUCUUGAGAGAAAAGAUAAUAACAACUCAGAGGUGUACAAUAUCUGAACAUACGCAGACAGAAGAGAAGAUCAGCGGUGUGAUGGGAUGCAGUACAAAAAUAGUAAAGGUUUCAGUGAGUGAAAAUGGAACUAUGAUGAAGGAUUCUAGUGUGAUCCUUGAAAUUCCUCCUGCAACCACUAUUGCAUACGGUGUAAUAGAACUGUUUAUAAAGCACAGUGGCCAGUUUGAAUUCUGUCUGCUAGAUGAACAGCAAGGAGGUUUUGAAAAAGAAAGCACAGAAGGCUCCACUUAUCCCCACUCAGCACUAUUCAGAGAUGCUUCGUUUCUCUAUCAGCCAGAUGCUGUUGAUAAUGAGAUGUACUCUGGGGCCAAAAACCUCAUUCCCAGUGAUGCUUCUUUAAGUGUAUUGAAACAAGAUCUGUCACGGUUGAAGACUCAAUUCCAGCCCUUUGUGAAGCUGCCGGAAGACAAGCGAAGAGCUUUAUAUAAAACCCUUUGUGAACUCCUGCUCCAUGAAGAAAUGGUAGCUGCUCUGGAGGACGUGUUAGAUGAUAUCUGCACAGGAGACAAGCCAGAUCUGAAGGAGUUAAAACCUGCACAACAAGCACACCUCACUGACUUCUUGCAGCUGUUGGGGUACAGUUUACAGAGUGAGCUGUUGUUGCAGAAAUAUCAGCCUCAGGAUGAAGAACUCUUCUCAGCUGCCCACCUCCUCAUCAGUGCUAUCUCUGAGCUGUCUGAUUACACUCUUGUCCUGCUGCGUGCCUGCUGUGAUCUUCAGGUUGUUCCGGCGCUGUGUUGUUUGCCUAGCAUCACGUCAGCCGACGGCACCGUGGCGCUGAGCAGUCCUUUGGUGGCUGCUCUCACUGACAGAGGAAGAUUUGAUGUUGUGCGAAGGCUGUUUGCUUCAUCGAAUGUUAAUUUGGAAAUGACAGAGUCUUCUGUAAAAGCUGUAACUACAAAAGAACCUAGAUUCUUCCCACUUGUUCUUUAUGUUGCAUUGUGUGGAUUCUAUGCUUUAGGUGGGAACGUAUAG